AUGGCUUUUAAACACGUUCUGAAACUUUCAAGCAUCAAUGCUUUUAUAGAUGAUAACAAAAUUAUAAAAAGGGGUGAAAAUGCCUUGGAAUCCAGCCAUGUGAAAAAAAUGGAAUUUGACUCUGAUUUGCAGAUUAUUAGAGGGGAAGUAUUUGCUAAAGCCACUUGCAUUUGUCCUAGAGGCAUAAAAUGCCAUCACAUCGCAGCGUUGGCUCUUUUUGGGCAUUAUCAUAUAUCGGUAACAGAUAAAGCAUGUGCAUGGAAUGCACCACCCAAACCAAAGGAUGGGCCAGUGAAAUGUGCAGAAGAGCUUUAUCCACCAAAGCCCUAUACAGCUCUCGAAGGUGGGGUACCAGAGGCAUCAAUCAACAGAUUGAAGGAAAGGCUACGCAGCUUCGGAAAUACUGUUGGUUUUACUUGGCUAUUGAAUGAGGAGUCAAUAAAUCCGCUGGAAAAUAGAUUUGCGAUAAUCGAAGAGAUAAUUUCUUCCAAGGAUUUUUUGGAGGCCACAGAUAAAGUGUCUGUGUUCAGACAGAAAUGUGCUGUCGAUGAUCAUUCGAUAAAAGACAUCGCUGCUACCACAACUGGUCAGGUGUCAAAUGAAAAAUGGUUCCUUGUGAGAAAAUUUCGUUUGACUGCUAGCAACUUUGGUGCUAUUAUUGCAGCGUGCCAAAGAAACAGAUUCCCAGUGAGUUUGUUCAAGACGCUCUUAGCAAUCCAGUGGGGCAGAACGCAUGAAAAAGAUGCUCUAGACCAUUUGAAGUCUAAUUAUAACUUGAAUAUUCGACCAACCGGAGUAUGGCUCUCAAAUUCAGGACUUCUUGGUGCCAGCCCUGAUGGAUUGAUUGAUGAAGAAGAGGCCAUUGUGGAAGUAAAAUGUCCUUAUUCUCUCAGAAAUGAUCAAUUGUCCGAAAAAUUAAAGAAUUUAAAUAAAUAUAUAAUUUUUUAUGAUGAUGAGGGCAAUUUAAUGUUGAAUACUAAUCACAAUUACUAUCACCAAAUUCAAGGUGCUUUACAUAUUUUAAAAAAGGAGAAAUGUUAUUUAUGUAUUUAUACGUUGAAAGAAACAAUUGUAACAAUUAUAGAGUUUGACGAUUCAUGGAAAGAAAAUCUUUCAGUCUUGGAAAAUUUCUAUAUAAAACAAUACCUACCAAAGUUGUUAGAAAAUUAA